AUGGGUACCAUGGACAGCGAGAAGGCAAAGCGCAUCACGGUCCUGGCCGAGCAGCAGAGGAAGUCGCUGGAGGCAGGACGCCUUGACGAGGCUGACGCGAGAGAAGAUGCGAAGGAUGAAGCGAUUGCGGAAGCGCUGCAAGAAGAAGACUUAGGCUACGACCUCAAGGAGCCAAAGAUGAGGAAGGAGUUGAAGGUGCCGCGGUGGUUACGACCCUGCUACAACACCUGCUACAACAAGACCUUCCGCAGGCUGCGCAAGCAGCUGCGGCCUGUGGUGCGCCAUGUCUACUUCGACAUCGCGACCACGCUCAUCAUCUUUGUUAGCGCCAUUGUCAUGGGCAUCGAGGCGGAAGUCUGGAACCCCAACGGCGACACCCCCAAGCCCGUGUGGAUCGACCCGGUCAUGUGGCUUGUCAACUGCCUCUUUCUUGCGGAGUGGGUGCUUCGCUUCAUCGUUGGCGGCGGCCUGUGGCUGAAGGAGACGCUUAACAUCGGAUUCACCUUUGCCGCCUGGGCGCCUUUCAUCCUGUCGGCCAUGGGUGACACGGUAGAAAUCGUGAGAAUUGUGCUGAGGAUGCUGAGAUUUGGCAAGGCUAUCCACACCAUCAAGAAUGUCAAGGGCUUCAAGGUCAUUUGGCUACUGCUUUCCGGCCUGUUUGCGUCUGCAGGGACGCUGUUUUGGUCCUGCUUGCUGCUGGCGACUUCAGUGUUAUUUUUCAGCAUCAUAGCUGUAGACCUCAUUGGCUACGCCGACGCCUGGACGUAUCAGCCGGAGGACGCCGUCCCGCGGUGGUUCACCGACAUCCGCAGUGCCAUGUUUACCAUGAGCCGGUUUAUGAGUUCCGAUGGCGCCAUGGACGUGGUGGAAUAUCUCAUGCAGGUGCCCUGGGCGAAGGAGGACACACCAUAUCCUACAGAGGGCCAGCCUCACAUUUGGAUCUUCCUCUUCGCCUUCCAGGCACUUUCCCAGUAUGUGAUCCUGAAUCUUGUCACAGCAGUCAUCUGCGACAACUCGAUGAAGAUUGUUAGCGAGGAUGAGGCCAACCGCGCCGCGGAGGCGGAGGAGGAGAAGAAGCGCCAAAUCGAGGAGCUGCGCGAGCUCUUCAAACUCCUGGACUCCGAUGGCAGUGGGGAGGUGGACACGGCCGAGUUCGAUGGCGCCUUUGAGAUCCCCGCCUUGAAGAAUAAGCUGCUGCUGCUGGGUCUCGAAGAGUCCGAGCUGAAGCGCUUCUUCCGGGCGCUGGACACGGACGGCUCUGGGUCCAUGGGCAUCGAUGAGUUCUGCGAGGGCAUCCCGGAGCUUUUUGGGCAAGCCACGGCCUUCACCAUGCUCAAGGCCAAGAAGAAGGCAGAGAAGGCAGAAAGACAGCUCAGGCGGAUCAAAGAGAAGUCUGGGAAGCUGGAUGCAAGCGAUCAGCCAGAACUCUUCUGGAGAGCUGGAGAUCCAGGAGGAUAUCAAGAAACUCCAAGCAGAAGUGGAGGGGCGGCUCACGCGCCUGGAUGA